UUUCUAGAGUUGUUUUGAUGUUCUGCAUGAAUUCUGUUUCUAAACUACUUUAAUUUGAACUGAUUCGGUCGCCUGAAGUUGGAAUCUCUCCUUAUAGCGAUCGGCUUCAAUAGCUUCAGAUAAAUGCAUUCUUCCUUUUUUUGCUGAAACUGAAAGUUGUGUAUGUCUUGUUAUUUAUCUUGCCGAAGAUUUAAGCAAUCUCAAUGUUCCCUUUUCCGUCUCAUAUGGUCUGUCUGGCAUGUCGGGAAACAAGAUGAGACAACUUUGAUUGCUAUAUUUUGGCUGAAGCUGUGAUCUAUGGGGUCACUUCAUGGAAACGCUCCGAACCCAAUUUUUGAAAGGGCGAUGGGUGUUUGUUUUAAGGAUAAUCUGUCGACUACACUGAUUGGGCCUCUUCAAGUGCAAUUUGUGGGGAAAAAUCCCAGUUCAAACUGGGCGCGAUGUUCAAAAUUACCGUGUUCAUCUAUGCGAAAAGAUACUUCUGUGUCAGAAUCAAAGCCCAAUGCUCCGGGUCCUCUAUCGGUAUCCAUGGAGGAGGAAUUGGAACAUGUCAUCAGAUUCAAGAUGUCUGAUUUCAAGAUUCUCGAUUGUGUCAGCACUGGCCUUGGAGGUCGGGCGGAUGAAAUAGUUUUUGAAGCACUUGUGAAGAAUCGCCUUAGCCCUUUAUACAACACAAAGGUCGUGCUUCGAAGGCUUAAGACUACCCAGGCUCAGCGUAGAGGAAAAAGAGCUAUAGAAGUAUUAAAGAAACUGGCUCGUCGCAGACUGAUGUAUCACUCCUAUUCAAUGCAAGUUCAUGGUUACAUAUCUUCACUUAUGAGUAACGGCCACUCCUCAUUUACUCUGGUCCAUGGGGUAGGUGUGCAUAGUUGUUAUAUUACAUAGUUGGGUCUUCUUAAAGUUUUUGGAUACAUUUUUGUUUACUUCAAAUUGGUUGUAGCAUUCAACUUUUUUGCCAUUCUAAAGUUUCCUAUGAAACUAUCACCUUUAGCAACCCUAUCAACCCAACUUUCAUGAACGACUAGUGUCAUGAAGAUAUUUUUUGUACCAGCUAGAACUAAAUGUAGGAUUUGACGCACUCUUUCUGCCAAGAGUUUGGAACUACCGACCUUUGUUUAUUAGAUUUUAUUGCUUUAUAUGACUUC